AUGGAAUCACGGUCUAUCACGGCUAUCAAGUAUAUAGACGCUUCAGAGCUUUUCAAAUGGCUCAAAUUGGGUCAUUCUACGUCGAAUGAGCCGUUCCAGAUCAUCGACGUGCGAGGCAGCGAUUAUAUAGGCGGCCACAUCAAGGGCGGGUGGAACUACCCGUACCGACAGUUGCGGGACAACGUAGACAAGUGUCGCGAGCUGCGAGCACGCUUGGAAGCCGUGGGCUCAGCCACAGGCCCAGCAGUGGUCAACUGUGUGUUCCACUGUGCCCUUUCGCAGCAGAGGGGUCCCUCUGCUGCCAUGAAGUUUCUGCGUACCCUUGAGGACAGCGAGCUUGCUCGUUUUAGGAUAUACGUUCUGCGUGGCGGGUUCAACCACUGGCAGAGCCUGUACGGGGACGACCAGGCCGUGACGGAAUCCUACGAAAAAGACCUGUGGAUGUAA